UCCGUUGUGGUUGUGUCACAGGGUCUCCGGGUAAUAUUUUUCGUCUUUCAUUCAGUACAAAUUACACUUGUCCUACUGCUUGGAAAAAAGUCUCGUUACAUUUCAUUGGAUUGGGUAAAUUACAUGUAUUGUUUUAAUGCAAAAUAAUUACGCAUACGUUCCUUUACAGACCAUUGUAUAAACAAUAAUUACGCUCUGCUUUCGGCCCUGUCCCAAUGUAAUGGAAAAUGAAAGCUUUGUAGUUUACUAGUCCGCCUUAGAGCGGCGCUUUGUACCCGCAUGAUGACGUCACUAACACUUUACAUAACGAUGAAUGCAUAUAUGUAUGUUACACAUGACACACACACAUACCCACGUAUAGAUACGUAAUUUCCUAACUACCUACUUAUACCCGUACCUACUACGCGUUGCCAGUUUUAUACAAAAAUAUUCGAAUCUCGAAUUUCAUUUCAAUGAAAUGUUUGUUGUAGCGAGAGAUGAGAGGAAUUCUCUGGGUUCAUUUAUUCGAAAUCAAAUCUUUAUGUAUCGCAAGACUCAUCGAACUAUACCCGUUAAACCCGCCAACGAUAGAAAGAGGGAACAAGCUGCUGUCUGAAAAUUAAUUCUCGGAAACUGAGUGUCGCGAUCGAAGAUUUUUCCUCUUUCGACACCGCAUCGUGAGCAAGGUCGUUAUGAAAAAAGAAAUAAUAAUCAUAACAAUCGCGUAGUAUUCUGGGUAAAUUUCAGGCAUUCCCCCCACACGACAAUUAAAAAUGUCGGCCAAACGGUUGUGUCUCGAUGUUCAAUUUUCUUUGUUCUACUUCUAUUUUCUUUUCUUUCCGAUUCAUUGUUCGAUGACCCAAAUGUUGUGACACAUCGUCGUCACGCGAUCGAUUAAUCAAUGAUGAAAAUUACGCCGGUUUCGCGUACAUAUAUAUUCGACGGAUGUAUUAUCGAUCGGAACGUUACAGGAUGUUUUUUCUUGAAUUUUCAUCCUCCAUUAUUAAUAUCGUAUUUUUCCCCUCUCUUCUCUGUAACUGGGCAAGAAAUAUGUCCUAUGUCCACCCGAAUUGUUUACUCGUAAUACGUUCCAUGUAAACGCAGUUAGAAAUCGUGACGCAGCGGCGCUCACCUGAAACGGCCAUGGCGCCGGGUGAGGCGCGAGGGGUGAGGUAAUGUCCCGCGCGCGCAAUGCAUGAUGGUACGUCGUACCGUCGAGAGGGACGCAAGAGGGGGGGAAUCGAGGAGGGCGACGAACAAGACGGGAUCACAAAAUGGCGGCCAAGCUCAGGUCCGUGACCAUAUAGUACGGGAAAAUUCGAUAUUAUUGAACAAUGUCGGGAUAUAAUAUAACCAGUGAUAUCUAGUAUCGUGAAUACGUUGUUGUUUCGUAAUCGGAAGGGUGAACAGGGGGUGAAAUAGUGCAUAUUCGACGUUAAAUAAGGAAUUUGGUUUUACUCGUGAAGGGGAAUGAUGCAGAAAACUUUAGAUUCUGAGUCUGGUAAGGAAUCUGGUUCAGAUUCGGAGAACGAGAGUAAGAGCGACAGCUCAUCAUCCGGAAGCAACUCCGGAUCUGGUUCUGGAUCAGACAGUGACUCUAGCUCCUCAAGCGGUUCUGGUUCAGCAUCAGGUUCGGACUCUGAAAAGUCAGAUAAAUCGUCGAAAUCGGAUACUCCUGCACAAAGCGUUAGCAUUCAAAGUAAAAGCUCGGUACAUAGCUCAGAGACAAAAGUUCGACAUAAAAGCGACUCGAGUCGUGAAUGGGAUGAAAACCCAGACGUUUAUGGAAUCCGAAGAUCGGGGAGAUCCCGCAAGGAACCAGAGAGGCUCACUACGCAACGCGAAAGCGACGGCGAUGUACGACGGAAGGUUCAAAAAAAAAGUACUCAAAAUUCCUGGAAUUCUGACAGUUCAGAAUCAGAAUCGGAUGAAGCUACUAAACGGAGACCUCCGCCAAGUAAAUCGAUAAAUCGUCGAGCAGCGCAAAAGGUGAAAGAAAACACCCGUUCACGUCAUAAACGAAUAUCAGAAUCCUCGGAGAAUUCUUCGUUUGACAGCGAUGAUAAUCGAAGGCAAGUCACGCGACGGGCUGGAACGGCAGUCAGUUACAAAGAACAGAGCGAAGAGGGGACUGAUAGUGAGGAUAUAGUCGAGGUUGACGAAGCAUUGGCGACUCCGUUGGAACCAGAUAAUGCCGAAACCAUUGAACGAAUUUUGGGGCAGAGAAGAGGAAAAAAAGGAGUUACUGGAAAUGUGACGACUGUCUAUGCUGUUGAAGAAAACGGUGAUCUGAAUCCUACAAAUUUGGCGGACGAAGAAGCCGAGACGCAGUAUCUAAUAAAAUGGAAAGGCUGGUCGCAUAUACACAAUACGUGGGAAUCAGAGGAUUCUUUGAAGGCGCAAAAGGUGAAGGGUAUUAAAAAAUUAGAAAAUUUCGUGAAGCGAGAACGGGAAAUCAAACAGUGGAGAGACUAUGCUGGACCUGAAGAUAUAGACUACUUCGAAUGUCAGCUGGAACUUCAACAGGAUUUAUUGAAAAGCUACAAUUACGUAGAACGGAUAAUUGCUGAAUAUAACAAACCGGAUUCUGGACAUCCAGAUUAUUAUUGUAAAUGGGAAAGUUUACCAUAUGCCGAUGCGACGUGGGAAGAUGGAGCUUUGAUAAUAAAAAAAUGGCCUGAGAAGAUCAAGGAAUUUCGCGAUAGGGAAGAUUCGAAAAGAACACCGAGUAAACACUGUAAAGUAUUAAAGUAUAGACCAAAAUUUCAUCAAGUCAAAGGGCAGCCCGAAUACAUGGGAAGGGGGAAAGAUUUAGUCUUGAGAGACUAUCAAAUGGACGGAUUAAACUGGUUGAUUCAUUCUUGGUGUAAAGAGAAUAGUGUGAUUCUCGCGGAUGAGAUGGGUCUGGGAAAAACUAUACAAACUAUAUGCUUCCUUUACUACCUUUUUCACACGCAACAGUUGUAUGGACCAUUUUUAUUGGUUGUACCAUUAUCUACGAUGACGUCUUGGCAAAGAGAAAUGGCACAGUGGGCACCAGAUAUGAAUUUUGUAACUUAUCUUGGUGAUGUGACGUCUAGGAACGUGAUCAGGGAGUUCGAAUGGUGUUAUAGUUCAAAGAGGUUGAAAUUCAACGCAAUUUUGACGACGUACGAAAUAGUUUUGAAGGAUAAAACGUUCUUGGGGGCCAUAAAUUGGGCCGCACUGCUCGUCGACGAGGCGCAUCGUCUCAAAAAUGAUGAUUCACUUUUAUACAAAGCAUUGACAGAGUUUCAUACCAAUCAUAGACUUCUUAUCACCGGAACUCCGUUGCAAAACAGUUUGAAAGAGUUGUGGGCAUUGCUGCAUUUUAUAAUGCCUAACAAAUUCAACUCUUGGGAAGAAUUUGAAAAAGAACAUGACAACGCGGCGCAAAAGGGUUACUCGAAGCUUCACAGGCAAUUGGAACCAUUCAUUUUGCGCCGAGUGAAAAAAGAUGUAGAGAAAUCAUUGCCGGCUAAAGUCGAACAGAUAUUACGUGUCGAGAUGACCUCUUUGCAAAAACAGUAUUACAAGUGGAUACUUACUAAAAAUUAUAAUGCCCUUCGUAAGGGUGUUAAGGGAUCGACGACAACGUUUCUCAACAUUGUUAUAGAGUUGAAAAAAUGUUGCAAUCAUGCAUUCCUAACUAAGCCAACGGACGGUGAAAGGCGAGAAAGCAACGAGGAUUAUUUACAACAGAUAAUUCGUGGAUCGGGAAAAUUGGUUUUGUUGGAUAAACUGUUAGUACGACUCCGAGAAACUGGUCACAGAGUUUUGAUAUUCAGCCAGAUGGUCAGAAUGUUGGACAUCUUGGGAGAAUAUCUGCAAAAAAGACAUUUUCCCUUUCAAAGAUUAGAUGGAAGCAUAAAGGGAGAGCUCAGAAAGCAAGCGCUGGAUCAUUUCAAUGCAGAUGGCUCGACAGACUUCUGCUUUUUACUGUCAACCAGAGCUGGUGGUCUUGGAAUUAAUUUGGCAACAGCUGAUACUGUUAUCAUAUUUGAUUCUGAUUGGAACCCGCAGAACGAUCUGCAAGCCCAGGCUAGAGCUCAUCGUAUAGGUCAAAAAAACCAGGUGAACAUAUACAGAUUGGUGACAAAGAAUUCCGUGGAAGAAGAAAUAGUUGAACGUGCAAAACAAAAAAUGGUGCUCGACCAUUUAGUAAUACAGAGAAUGGAUACAACGGGAAGAACGGUCUUGGACAAAAAGGGUCCCAACACAAAUAAUAACCCUUUUAACAAGGAGGAUCUAAAUGCUAUUCUGAAGUUCGGUGCCGAAGAAUUGUUCAAAGAUGAAGAAGACGGGGAUGAGGAGCCCACUUGUGACAUUGAUGAAAUACUGCGACGUGCUGAAACCAGAGACGAAGCCCCGGCCACAGUAGGAGAUGAACUCUUAUCGGCGUUCAAAGUUGCCAGUUUUGCCGCUUUCGAAGAAGAGACAGAGCCGAUUCCUCAACUUAAUGAAAUUGACGAUGAAAGUAAAGAUUGGGCUGAGAUUAUUCCUGAAAAUUUUAGGAAAAAGCUUGAGGAAGCGGAAAAAUCUAAGGAAAUGGAGGAUCUGUAUCUACCACCCAGAAGUCGGAAGACUCUUCAGCAAAUCAAUCAAUCUGGUGAAGAAGGAAGGGGUAGAAAACGCAGAAAAACUACGGGCGACGACAGCGAAGAUGCUGAAGAUUCGGGAAGCGAGGCAGAAGGCACCGAUGAUGAGAGGCCUAAAAAGCGGGGUAGACCAAGAGUCACUCCUAGAGAAAAUAUGAAGAGUUUUACCGACGCCGAGAUUCGAAGGUUCGUCAAGAGCUACAAGAAGUUUGGGGCUCCGCUGAAAAGAUUAGACGAUAUUGCAGCCGAUGCCGAAUUGCAAGAGAAGCCUAUGUCUGAGUUGCGUUACUUGGGCGAGCAGCUAAGAAUCAGAUGCGAGGCUUGCUUAGCAGAGUUUGAAACUAUCGCUAAAGAAAAUAAAGGGACUGAAGAGGAAGGCCGUGGCCCAGGGCGGAAAAGAGGAAGAGGUCCAACCUUCAAAGUUGGCGGCGUUAUGGUUAAUGCAAAAUCCCUUUCUGCUGCUGAAAAAGAAUUAGAACCGCUCGAUGCCGCACUCCCUGCAGAUUCCGAACAGAGAGCCAAUUGGCACCUUGAUAUAAAAUUAAAACCGGCGAACUUUGACUGCGAUUGGACUCCAGACGAUGACUCGAGGUUACUUAGAGGAAUUUAUCAUCAUGGAAUGGGAUCUUGGGAGGCGAUUAAAUUGGACGCAAAUUAUAAACUUGGUGACAAAAUUCUCCCUCACAACGACAGUAAACCUCAAGUUAAACAGUUAAACACACGAGCUGAGUAUUUAUUGAAAGUGCUCAAAAAGCAGAUGGACCUUAAACUUGGAGUGACCAGAACGAGAAAGCCUCGGAAGCCUAAGGAAGUAAAAACUGUCAUUACUAAAGAAAUUGUCGAGGAGAAUGACAGUUCGGGAGAUGAAAAUAAAAAGCUCAAGCUUAAACUGGACAAGCAACCGGUUAAAAAGGAGGAAGAGCCUUUGUGCAAGAAAGAGCCGAAAGAAGAAGGCGAGGUUACGUCGGAUGAUAAGAAAAAGGAUAAAAAACUGAAGAAAGAGAAGAAAGAGAGUAGAAGAGGGAAGAAAAACAAACAACCUGUCGGUCCAAUGCAUUUUACGGCCAACAAUGAGCCUAGAGCUCUUGAUGUUCUUGGUGAUCUUGAUCCGUCUAUAUUUAACGAGUGCAAGGAAAAAAUGCGGCCCGUCAAAAAAGCUCUGAAAGCUUUGGAUAGGCCGGAUCAGUCUUUAAGUCAGAGUGAACAAGUAACGCAUACCAGGCAAUGCCUCGUUCAAAUUGGGAAUCAGAUAAAUAUUUGUCUGGCCGAGUACAAGGAUCCCGAACUUAUAAAAGAGUGGAGAAGUAAUCUAUGGUAUUUCGUGUCUAAAUUUACGGAAUUUGACGCGAAAAAAUUAUACAAGUUGUAUAAACAUGCGACUAAGAAGGAUGAGACUAGCUCGAAUCCAGUAUCCAGCCCCGAAAAGAAGGAAGAAACUGUCAAUCCGAAGAAGCAUAGUGAAAAACUACACGAUAAGCACAGUGAGAAGCAUAGUGAGAAACAUGUUGAAAGACAUACGGAUAAGUGGAGCGAUAAUUCACAAUCCAAAGAUAGUAGCAGCAAAGAUUCACAGAGACAACAGGUGAAACGUAGAAUAGACGAAGUGGAGGAGAAUUCAAAUAGCAGUACUCCAAACAAAAAACAUCAAUCUAUUACCUCGGUUGCAAAUAGUACGACGACUGGUUCCACGACGACGGUAACAACAACCACAACAACGACGCCAAUUGCUGCGAACACUUUGAUGGCAAACUCGAAUUCGAAUUCCAGUAAUUCAUUGAGUAGCGAACAACCGUCCAGACACAAGGAACCAAAAGAAAUCAAACAUAAGGAAAUGAAAAGAGACAGAGAUCGAGAUAGGGAAAGGGAAAGAUCCCACGGCGAAAGAGGUUUGGAUAGAUUAGGCGGAGCGAAAGAUGAGAGAGUGAGGAGAGACAGCGGAGGUUACAACAUCGGUGGUCAUUACAGUGGAGGACGCGAAGACGAUCAUUGGGUACCCAGAGACGGUAGAGAUCCUCGAGACAGCAGGUUUGGAGAUCAUAAACGAGAAAGAUUCGAAUCUUACGGACGUAUGCCUAGCGGUUAUCAUCGCGACAGAGACAGAGAACGUGAUCGCGGCAUGCAUAUGAACGAGAAACGAAGUGAUUACUAUAGAUAUCCUCCAGGACCUCCGGGUUAUGGAUAUGGUGGUCCAGGAAGUUAUGGAAGCGGAAGCAGCGGUGGUUAUCCACCCUCAGAUCUACCGCCUGGACAUUUCAGAGGACGAGCAUACCCAGGGGAUGGAUAUCCUGGUGAUUGGAGGCCCAACAAAGACUAUAGACGUGAUUACGACCGUAGGCCACCUCCGCCGAAUGCAAAUUCCUAGUGCUCCUUUCUUGCCACCGUCCUCGAAUGUGUCGUCAACCGGUUGUAAAACCUGGUUAAAGUUGCUUUGUCGUCUAUCAUUCAUUUCAAUGUCCUCGUGCCCGUUGUGAAUUGUUCUCUUGAGGCAAAACUUGGAAAGGUUUGCCUUUUGUAUUAUGUUACAAGUGCGAUAUCCAUUAUUGUCAUUCAAGAAGUUGAUGGCAUUUAACACGGCAAAAAAAAAAAGACGAAAAAAAAAUAUCACUACGAUUUAGAAAAAUAAAAAAAACAAAAAAAACAAAAGGGAGGCAAAGAAAAAGGAACGAGAAAACGGAAAAAAACGAAAUUAACUAUUUCCACCCGUACAGAAUAAAAUACAAUUUUAUAUCGAGCAUCUGACUGAUUUAUCAUAUAGUGGAAUAUAUGAUGAAUUUUGAAUAAAUAUAAACAUGGUUCGAAAAUAGAUGCCGAAAAUAACGAAGAAAAUAAUAUACAUAUGUAUAUUUAAAUAUGGAUGUAUGUAUUAAUCUUCAAGAAUUUUGCAAGGGUGACACCUCCGCGAGACUUCUUUGAAUUGGUAAAUUUUAAAACUUGGAACAAAAUAUUGAAAAACACAAAACAAAAUAGAAAACUAUGCGAAAUUGUUACCAAUUAGAUUCUCUAUUUGUAAUGAGUUUCAGAUUAUAAAUUUAUGAUUAUUUGUUUUUUUUUUUUUAAGUUGCUAAUCAAUACCAUAUACGGAGAAGCUAUUUAUUUUUCUUGCUUCACAAGUUGCUGUGCAAAGACCGAAAUUCUGCCAAUAAGUUAGCUUUUCAUGACUUACAAUCAUACACUGAUUUGACGCCACUUUAUUUUAUUUUUUUUUUAUUUCAUUUCAUUUCAUUUCUUCACAAAGGAAAUAGCUAACCAAACUUUAUCGAUUAAACCAAUCACCGAUUCAACGUAACUGUGAAAGCAAGAAGUUAUAAUUGAUUUUAUAAGAUAUUAAUUUUUACUUAGGCAUUUACUUUAUUAUUAAACUUCUUGGUCAUUUGCACGGCAUUGCUUGUUUCGUUUGAUCAGUUUAUUGUGCAAUUUUUAAAGCAAUGAGUAUUAACUUGAUAAAAAAAGAAAUUAAGUUUAAGCAUGUAUAUUUUCUCCGAUCAUGUCAACGUAUCGAGUAAAUAUUGGAUCGUAAUCAAUUGUUCUUCGACAGGUCUUUAGGUAUACAUAUAUUCAUUGAUACAGUUAAAAAUAAUAUGAUCUGAUUAUUUUGUUUCGAUCCAGUAAUAUUAUUUCAUUCAGUUUCAGUCAAAUUUAAAAACCAACUAGAAAUAAAUACGUCCGGAACUCCUUAACCAUUAUUUAUUAUGUUUUUUAUAUGUCAUUUACGAUGUGACGGAGAUCAAGUAACGGAAAACAAAUAAAAUAAAUAUAUCUGUGUCGUGGAAUCAGCGGUGAAAUCAGAGAUCAUAUUGUGGCGAUUUACUUUCUUUUUUUUUUUCAAUUAUCACAUUACCAACUACCUUGACACCGUCUUCUUAAACAGUUUCUUUGUUUCAAUACCUUAUAUUUGUUUUCUGGAAACAAAUGUUGAAUAUAUACCCAGGCACUUUGUCGAUAUCGAAGUUGAACUAACUGUACACAAAUGAUUUAGAAGUAUCAUUUUUGUAGUUUGAUCAUGAUCCGCUAUUCUUAUUGACAAUUUGGUGAUUCAUUUUUCAAAUUCCAUUCAUUGUUCGUAAAUUAAUUUGAUUAUGCUCGUUCGCCUCUAAUAUAGUGCUAUCAGAGGGUAAAUUGGCAUUUAUUUCAUUUUAAUUAUUCAAAAUGAGAGACAGACGUUUUUUCAUUAAAAAAAAAAAAACCGCAGAUUUCGAUGUAUAUCAUGUGUAAAUAAUAUAAAACGUAUUAACAGAGAUAAACGAACGCUAAGGUUAUAUUGUGUGCACGUGAAAAACACAGAUAUGAUAAUAUUGUUUAGAGUCCGUUUCGAAAACUGAUACUAAAAAUGCGUGAUGCACCGUUUAAUUAAGAGAUGAAUGACAAAACAACCCCUGCUAGAUUAGAUUUAUAUUUUUUGAUUAAAUCAAGUUGAAGACGUGAAAAUGAACAGAGCCGUUUAUAAUUUAUUAAUGGUCGAAUACGGAAUCAUGAUUUAGAUAAGAGUGAGGUAGAAAUGUUGUGUAUAUAUUAUAAUUAAGUAAGCAAAAGUAAUUAUUGAUAGUGUAUAACAAGAGGUAUGUAGUUAAUUAUUAUAUCAUAAAAAUCAGUUUAAACGCAUAAUAUGAUGGUAAUGUAUUUUAUCUAUCUUCAUUCUAGAUAACUUGAUAUUUCUGGAAAUAUAUGGAUGCAUAAGAACGAAAGAGAGAGAGAGAGAGAGAGAGAGAGAGAGAGAGAGAGAGAGAGAGAGAGAGAGAGAGAGAGAGAGAGAGAGAGAAUAAUGAUAAUUAUAAUAAUAACCACAGGAAACUUACAACUAUUGAAUGAAUAUAUGUCAUUUGUGAAUAUAAUUUGUUUUCUUUGAUACAUUUUUCGUUCUAACAGAAGUGAAGUGACAAUUAAAAAUGAACUGAAACUUUAGGAUAAGUCCUGAAAAACUUGGAAAAAAAACAAAAAAAAAAAAAAAACAAACAAACAAAUAAACUGUAUUUAUUUAUAAAUCAUCUGAAAAAGUAAAACCAUGUAUAGCUGGACAAAUUAAUGCUUCUUUCUAGCACAGUGUAGAAAUGAAUAACGCUUAAAAGUCAUGUAAAGGUGAAAGUUUGUAUACAAAUUGAAUCUGUCCAGAUUCGCCAUUAAAACAGCUUAAGUAUUGGUAACGGUA